AUGUUCCCGCGGAGGCCUCCGGCCGCCGUGGCUGUUUGGCUGGCUGGCGCGGCCGCGGCGGGGCGCGCGGGGGCGCGGUGCGGGGGCCUGCUCGCCCUGCUGGCCAAUCAAUGCCGCUUCGUGACGAGCCUGCGCGUGCGGCGCGCGCAGCAGAUCGGGCAGCUCUACGGCCGCCUCUAUUCGGAGAGCUCCCGCCGCGUCCUCCUCAGUCGGCUCUGGCGCCGGCUGCGCGGCCGUGCUGGCCAUGUCUCUACCUUAAUGGCGGCGCUCGCCGGCGUGUUCGUGUGGGACGAGGAGAGGAUCCAGGAGGAGGAGUUGCAGAGAUCCAUUGAUGAGAUGAAACGGUUAGAGGAAAUGUCAAGUGUGUUUCAGAGCUCAGGAGUUGAGCACCAUUCCCCAGAACCAAAAUCCCAAACAGAAGGCAAUGAAGAUUCAGGGGGCAAAGAGCAGCCAUGGGAAAUGGUGAUGGAUAAGAGACACUUUAAGCUGUGGCGGCGCCCAAUUACAGGCACCCACCUUUACCAGUACAGAGUUUUUGGAACCUACACAGAUGUGACACCCCGGCAGUUCUUCAACGUUCAGCUGGACACAGAGUAUAGAAAAAAGUGGGACACCCUUGUAAUCAAGCUGGAGGUGAUUGAGAGGGACGUGGUUAGUGGUUCUGAAGUUCUUCACUGGGUAACUCAUUUUCCUUACCCAAUGUAUUCACGGGAUUAUGUUUAUGUUCGACGGUAUAGCGUGGAUCAGGAAAACAAUGUUAUGGUAUUGGUGUCACGAGCUGUGGAGCACCCUAGCGUACCAGAAUCUCCUGAAUUUGUGAGGGUCAGAUCAUAUGAAUCCCAAAUGGUUAUCCGUCCUCACAAGUCAUUUGAUGAGAAUGGCUUUGACUACUUGUUGACAUACAGCGACAAUCCCCAGACUGUUUUUCCUCGCUACUGUGUUAGUUGGAUGGUGUCCAGUGGCAUGCCAGAUUUCUUGGAGAAGUUGCACAUGGCCACCCUGAAAGCCAAGAACAUGGAGAUCAAAGUAAAGGACUACAUCUCAGCUAAGCCUCUGGAAAUGGGUAGUGAAGCCAAGGCCACCACCCAGUCCUCCGAGCGGAAGAACGAGGGUAGUCAUGGGCCUGCCCGGAUUGAGUAUGCCUGAAGGGCUUUGGGAUAAAAAAGGGCAGGCUGCUUCUACUCCUGUCUCAGUCCUUUAUCGCUCUGCUAUAGAACGGGACAAGCCACAUACGUUACAAGGCAUCUGCUGGAACUACUAGUGCAAGAUAAUUAAGUAACUGAUGUCUAACUUUAUUCAGAGCCCUUACUGGUCUUUAUCAAAACAUGGAGAAGAAGGCAUCCCUGGAAUGUUGUCAUAUUCUCAGGCCGAGCAUUUUGAAAUUCAGUAUUUCACUGAGCUGAUCAGAAACAAACCUCUCACCUCAUGCCAGGAGGGGAUGAUGUCCAUUGGCUUCCUCUGCUGACAUUCCAUUCCUACCAGCGGUUUUGCAGUGCUUUGAAUUUCCUUUAGUUCUGAAGAUCCAACUGGAAAGCGUAGCUGGCUGCUUGAUUCUUUCAGUGAGGAGUUAUUGGGAGUGCUCUUGGUAAUGGUCUUUACUACUGAAUGGGUGUGAAAUAGUACUCUGCAGUGUAAGUGCCUUGUCUUCACCUUGCUUCUAUUUUUAGGAAUAUAAA